AUGAAGGUGCUGAAAGGUAUUGAGCAGAAAGUGGGAAUUAAUGACCAAUUAUUGUACUCCCACACUCACUCUAUUAGCAAGCUGGAGACCCAGAUUGGUCAACUUGCCGAAGCCUUCAAUAAGAGAGAGACUGGCCAACUACCAAGCCAACCUAUUGGAAACCCCAAUAGUGCCCAAAUAGGGAGGGGUAAGGAACAAGUCCAGUCGGUUAGAGUGUUGAGGAAUGGUAAGAGGGUGGAAAUAUAUGACACACCACCUACCUAUGAGGACUUCCCCUCUAAUACCCCUCAACAGACCACACCAGCAGAGUCAACCCCAGCCCAGGCAGAAGUUGAAUCAAAGGCAUUGAGGCCUCUCAUUGAUGGGAAUAGAACCAUUACACCUUCUUUGGUCCAUUCCCAGGAAAAUACUGAGAAGGAGAAUGAGCGACCAGUUGGGGAGGGACCUCAACUGGAUAAGUAUACACCCCGAGUCCCUUUCCCUGAUGCUCUCAAAACUCCAUCCUCUCCCCUAUUUGGGAAGCAAGGAGAGAAGAUGAAGGAGAUGUUGGAUUUGUUUCAACAAGUCCACAUCAACCUUCCAUUAUUGGAUGCAAUCAAGCAGAAGUUUGGAUUAGGAGAGUUAAAGUCCACUGAAGUCAUACUUCAGUUAACUGAUCGUUCUAUGAAAAGACCUCAUGGACUUCUUGAGGAUGUUCUUGUGAAGGUAGAUGAUUUAUACUUCCCAGUGGACUUCCUAGUCCUUGACAUGGAAUCUACCUCAGCCAAGCUUCCCCCUAUCAUACUAGGGUGUCCAUUCUUGGCGACCGCCAAUGCUUGCAUUAACUAUCGGUCAGGCGCCAUGGACAUAUUGUUUGGGAACAAGAAGCUUCAACUAAACAUCUUUACUGCAUCCCUAGGACCCUACAGAGAAGACGAGUGCUUUGCUCUGGAUAUGAUUGAUGAAGCUGUAUCGUAG